UUCAUGACGUUCUCGUCAUACUCAGAAAAUAGCAAAACAUGGCAGAAGAAAGUGGUGGAUCUAGCUGGUGGGGAACAUGGAGCUCUGCCACAGAAUUGUUAUCGACCGUUCGAAACAAGUCUGCAGAGGCUAUGACAAUGGUGAAACAAGAUCUAACUGAGUUUGUUAACACUGUUCAGCAUGACACAUCAGCUGUGGUAGCUGAUACAGCUAAUGCUGUCAAAGAAAGCCUCAAGGUAGAUGAAGAGGAAGAGCAAGAUGGCACUUCAGCUCGUCUAAAACAAGGUGUGUCUAAAUUUCUUGGGUCCUUGUCCACCAGCUUAAGAGAUAACAUCUCUCAAGUAGCCAUUGCAGCGGCAGCAGUCACUUCAGAUGGUCCUGAGCCAGUUUUUGACAAGAAGCAGGCACGCCUUCUUGAAAUUCAAACAGACCCAGCCACAUUUUGCUCAGAACCAGAUGGCCAUCUAGGGAUGUUUGAAGAAUGGUGUAAAACAUUUGAUCCCGAGGAACACAAAGGAGAAAUCUCUGAGCUGCUCGUCAAUGUCCCAGAGAUCAGGGCACUUUAUGCUAAGUUGGUGCCAAGUGCUGUCACCCAUGUUCUUUUUUGGCAAAGGUAUUUUUACAGAGUACAUCAACUUCAGCAGGAAGAAAAGAAGAGAGCUGCACUUGUAGCAAGGGCAAACCAAGCAGACGAUGAAGAUCUUGGUUGGGGAGAUGAAGAUGAAGAUUUGUGGGAUUUAGAUGAGCCCUUAGUAGAAAUUCAACAAACAAGUAAACAUGAACAUAACAAAGACGCCCUCCCUGAUGAAAAUCCUUUAAAAAGUAUUGAAAAAGAACGUGCGAAGGCCGAGAAGUCGGGUGAAGUCACAACAGAUGUUAAAGAGCAAGUGAACCUGUUAGGUGCUCUAGUGGAAGAACAUGGAAAAACUGUUACCACGUUCUUGCCUCGAAGUGAGAAACUUCGUGGAGAGAAGAGUUUAGAGUCGGUGGACAAGGAAAGGUCGCAGAAAAUUUCCCUUCGCAAACCAGAUGAGGAACCUUCACAAAGAACUAAACAGACUGAACCAAAUGAUCAAGAGAUAUCUAACGAUCAGCCUGAACCUGCUUCUUCAGAGCCGUCAGGAGCGCAAUCUGAAAGUAUGGCAAGCGGUGAAACGGCUGAUGAUGCGCUUCAAACAACUUUACAUAAACGUGACAACAGCAGCGGCUCUGGUGACAGUUCGUGGUCAAAACUAAGUGAUGAAGACCUCAAGACUGAUGUUGAUAAAGAAGCUGUUACUAAAGAAAUUGGAUCUGGAUCUGGCGGGAGCUCCAACUCCUCCGGCAGUGGAGUACUGGUGCCUAAUGUGAAUGACAAAGAUGUGGAUUGGGACGAUGUUGAUGAUGAUCUCGAUUUUAAUGAAGAGAUGUCCGAAGAGGAAGUCAAAAGAAUCAUGGAAAGUAUGGCGAAUAAAAAACAAACUGCUGAUGAUGGUGCUGCAGAUCUUGAUGAUGACGAUUGGGAGAACUGGGACUAGCCGGGAAACCAAACCAAACCAAAACAAAACAAAAAGAUAAAAGCAGAAAAACUGUGCGAGAAACUGGGCCCGACUGUCGGGAGGAGCAAGUUUACCAUUCUGAUAGUUUGUGCAAUGUUUACAAAUAUAUUAUAUUAAAAGUAGCGCAGACAAAAAAAUUCUUAAGCAAGUACUUCUCUUUAAGACAUGCGAACGUACCUAGUCUACUGAGGGAAUCUCUAUAAGGUGUUUUUUACACGGAUGCUGCUCCAAUGUUCGCUAUCCUUAUUCUUCUAGGCUAUAUAUAUAUUCUACUUUUAUUUUCUAUUUUUGUGUUUUUUUUUUUUUUGGAAGGUGGAUUAGCAUUUGGAAAAAAAAACUGCAAACGAAUUUCAAGUUAUUUCGGUCAAGAAGAUAAGGUUAUCAGAGAAAUCUAGAUUAAAAUUUAUUUACUACAAGA